GGUUCGCGUGCCUGUGUGAGGUUGAAAGAGAGAGAGAGAGUGGUAGAGAGAGCUCGGCUCACAGUGCAGGGGGAGGUGGAUCCCUAUGUAGUGUAGCAGCGUAAGCUAACGUUAACUGGCCAUGUUGCUGCUGGUGGUGUGUGUCUGCUAGCGGGCCGCCCUGGACUCCCUAUCCGCCCUGAGGUGCAUCAUGCCCGGCUGGAAGAAAAACAUCCCGGCCUGUCUCCAACCGGACCAGGAGGGAGAUGAGGGGCCGUACGGCAAACACUCCGCCGGGUCGAGACCUCCAGAUGGAGCGCUGGCCAUCAGGAGGCAGAGCAUACCAGACGAGUUCCGGGGCUGCUCGGUGGUGGAGCUGAUGAAGAAGGAGGGCACGACGCUCGGACUGACGGUCUCAGGCGGCAUCGACAAAGACGGGAAGCCGCGGGUUUCAAACCUGCGACAGGGAGGCAUCGCCGCCAGGAGCGACCAGCUGAACGUGGGCGACUACAUCCGAGCCGUGAACGGCAUCAACCUGUCCAAGUUCAGACACGACGAGAUCAUCAGUCUGCUGAAGAACGUCGGGGAGCGAGUCGUCCUGGAGGUCGAGUACGAGCUACCGCCGGUCUCGGUGCAGGGGUCAGGGGUCGUGUUCAAGAACGUAGAGGUCACGCUUCACAAAGACGGGAACAGCUUCGGCUUCGUCAUCAGAGGUGGGGCCCAUGAAGACAGGAACAAGUCACGUCCAAUCGUCAUAACAACCAUCAGGUCUGGCGGUCCGGCUGACAGAGAAGGAACCGUGAAGCCGGGGGACCGGUUGCUCAGCAUCGACGGGAUCCGUCUCCAUGGCAGCACGCUAACGGAGGGCAUGAGCAUCCUGAAGCAGUGCGGACAGGAAGCCACGCUGCUGCUGGAGUACGACGUCUCCGUAAUGGAUUCGGUCGCCACGGCGUCGGGGCCGCUGCUGGUAGAGGUUGCCAAGGUGACGGGCUCCAGUCUGGGCGUGGCUCUGUCCACCUCCAUGUUCUGCAGCAAGCAGGUCAUCGUCAUCGACAAGGUCAAACCAGCCAGCAUAGCAGACAGAUGUGGUGCUCUACAUGCAGGAGAUCACAUUCUGUCUGUUGACGGGAAGUCGAUGGAGUUUUGUUCUCUGGCUGAAGCCACUCAGCUGCUUUCUGCCUCCUGUCAGACCGUCCGCAUGGAGAUCCUGCCUCAACACCAAGCCCGACCGGCCCUGAACGCACCACAGCACGUCAAGGUGCAGCGUAGUCCCCGCACCCUUCCAUGGGAGACCGGAGGCUCCGCCCCCAUCCUACCCCCCUACCACUACAACACGUACCACCCCGACCAAUCAGCUUCCAGAUCGCACAACCGCCAUACAAACAACCCUCCUCUCAGCCACUCGUUCUCUCCCGGCUCCAUGUCGGCCUACAGUCUCUCGUCCCUCAACAUGAGCACGCUGCCCCGGAACAUGUAUCCCACGAGUCCACGGGGCACGCUGAUGAGGAGGAAGGCCAAGAAGAAGGACUUCAAGAGCUCCUUGUCUCUUGCGUCCAGCACAGUGGGUCUCGCCGGUCAGGUCGUUCACACAGAAACCACAGAGGUGGCGUUGCUAGGCGACGGCAUCAUGGGGUUUGGCCUGCAGCUUCAGGGCGGAGUCUUCGCCACGGAAACGCUCUCCUCGCCGCCGCUCAUCGCCUACAUCGACCCCGACAGCCCGGCGGAGAGAUGUGGUAUCCUGCAGAUCGGGGACAGGAUCUUGUCCAUAAAUGGAGUUCCUACUGAAGACUCGACUCUGGAAGAAACCAAUCAGCUGCUCAGAGACUCGUCCAUCACGGCUCAGCUCACGCUGGAGAUCGAGUUCGACGUUGCCGAGUCGGUCAUUCCCAGUUCUGGAACGUUUCACGUGAAGCUGCCAAAGAAACCCGGAGUGGAGCUGGGGAUCACCAUCAGCUCUCCGUCCAACAGGAAACCAGGUGACCCUCUGAUCAUCUCUGACAUCAAGAAAGGCAGCGUAGCACACAGGACGGGGACCCUGGAGCUGGGGGACAAGCUGCUGGCCAUCGAUAACAUCCGGGUGGAGAGCUGCUCGAUGGAGGAAGCCGUUCAGAUCCUUCAGCAAUGUGAAGAACUCGUGAAGCUGAAGAUCCGAAAAGACGAAGACAACUCUGAUGAACAAGAAGUCUCCGGUAACAUCAUCUACACGGUGGAGCUGCAGCGGUACGGAGGCCCGCUGGGAAUCACCAUCUCAGGCACCGAGGAGCCCUUUGACCCCAUCAUCAUCUCCUCGCUGAGCAAGGGGGGGCUGGCCGAGAGGACCGGGGCGAUCCAUGUCGGGGACCGUAUCCUGGCCAUCAACAGCAGCAGCCUGAAGGGGAAACCUCUGAGCGAAGCCAUCAGUCUGCUGCAACAAGCAGGAGAGACGGUCACACUGAAGAUCAAGAAGCAGGGAGAUUUGUCGAGCCCAAAGUCGUGUAUGAUUGGUGCAGGCCUUGGGACGGGGGCGGGGCUUGUCCACGAGCAUCAGGACGGGGUGGACGAGCCCAUCGUCAUGGUGGCGCCUCUGUCGAGCCAGCGGGUGUUCAGCACGCUGCCGUCUGUGGACAGCGCCGUGGAGUCCUGGGACGGGUCCAACAUGGACAGCAGCUUCACCGCGCCGGCUCCGCCGUUUCAGUCGUCUCCGUACAGUUUCCACGAGUGGCGCAACGCCAAGACGACCAACAGCCAAUCAGCUUCCUCCGCCCGCCAGCGAGCCAAUCCGCUGUCAGAUCUGGGCCUGAGCGACGACGACUGGGACCACCCACCGCUCGGAGGGUUCACUGUAGGACACGAUGGGACAGAACCGGACCAGGAGGAGAACUUCUGGUCUCAGGCUCUGGAGGAUCUGGAGACCUGCGGCCAGAGUGGCAUCCUCCGAGAGCUGGAGGCAACCAUCAUGUCCGGCUCCACCCUCAGUCUGAACCAUGACCCCGCCCCCCUGCGCAGCACGCUGGGACGCCAGGCGAGCUUCCAGGAACGCAGCAACUCCAAACCGCAGGUGACCAACCGUUCCAACACCUUGCCCUCUGACCCCCAGCGCCGAGCCUUCGCCAUGAGGAAGAUGAGGCAGGAAGUGAAUGAGAUCCUGAACCAGAACCCUGUGGAACUCCACAAGCUGACUCUGGAGAAGGUCUCCGAUCUGGAGGACUUCGGGUUCAGUGUUUCUGACGGUAUGUUGGACCGCGGCGUCUACGUCAACAACAUCCGACCGGGGGGCCCGGCGGAGCGGGGCGGGCUCCGAACCUACGACCGACUACUACAGAUCAACCACGUGAGGACCCGGGACUUCGACUGCUGCCUCGUCGUCCCGCUGAUCGCCGAGUCCCCGAACCAUCUGGAGCUCGUCAUCAGCCGAAACCCCGCCUCCUCCUCGCUGCUGGCCAAUCACACUGACGGCCACUCCCCUCAGCCAAUCGGUAGCGAUAUGGGACCUUCGGAGUACUCGAUUGGCCAUGAAGAAGAUGGCGGUCCGAUCAAGUGGAGCCAACCGGGAGACGGGCUGGGGGCGGGGCUUGGGAUGGGCCAGGUGAAUAAUAAAUCCGUAUAGCAGACUAACACUGGAUGAAACUGGAUUGAACCGGUUCCAACCAGAUUGGACUGGAGAACAGUGAAACUAAGUUAAAUGAAACUGGUUUAAACCUGUCCAAACUGGUUCAGAGUGGACC